UUUUUACAUCAACAACAACUUUGAAUGCAUUCAAGCAAUUAUGCUGCAUGCCUAUUGCAUACAAACAGUUAACAAGCAGAAUGGUAAAAUAAGCAAGAUGCAUAAAUAUAAAAUGUGACCACAAGAUGAAUGAUUGUAAAAUAUAUAAAAAAAAGUUGUGGUUAACAUUUUGCUAAACAUUUUUUUUUUUUAGAUUGAUUCAUCAAAGUCCGAAUUUUUGUUUAAGUUAGGAGAAGUAGUAUUCAUCCAAUCAUGAAUAUAUUUAUGAACAUAGACUGAACGAAUUCGUGUUAAUUUAUAAACUCACUGACCUGACACCCAUGUGAUAUUUACUAUUAUCAAACUGCUGUAAAUGGAAAGAAUUUUUGAACGACAUUCCAACCGUGGAUAUGUAGGAAUUAGUUGCAGCACUUUAUGCUAUGUCAGUAUGGGGCUACUUCAAAACUGAGAUGACUCGAGGUUAUCAGUUAGAGCGUGAAGAGGAAAAGUAUGCGCAAAAGCGGCAGCGAGUUUACACAUUCAUGAAAACCCCCAGAGAACUUGAAAAGUUCACAAUAUUUGGAUUUUUCCAAUGCCUCGAUGCAUUCCUGUUCAUCUUCACAUUCCUGCCAUUGCGUAUUCUACUUGCAGUGCUGCGUGUCUUUACUCUUCCAUGUGGCCUGAUAAGAUCUCGUUCAUACCUGGAGCCAGCCCAGAUCUGUGACAUUCUGAAGGGUGUGGUGCUGGUAGUAUGCUCAUUCAUCGUGAGUCAUGUGGACACCUCCAUGAUGUACCAUCUAGUCCGCGGACAGGCCACCAUCAAACUCUAUGUGUUCUUUAACAUGCUUGAUAUGGCUGACCGCCUUCUGUCAACUGUUGGCCAUGACAUACUGGACGCUCUAUUCUGGACGGCGACGGAGCCUAGAGGCAGGAGAAGGGAGCAUUUUGGAACUCUUGCCCAUCUUGUUAUUGCUAUCGUGUAUGUCAUUGCCCACACAUUACUGAUCCUGUUCCAAGCAACGGUGCUCAACGUCGCCUUCAACUCCCAUAAUAAGUCUCUUCUAGUCAUCAUGAUGUCAAACAAUUUUGUAGAGAUAAAAUCGCACCUGUUUAAAAAGGUGGAUAUUAACCACUUAUACCAGAUAGCCUGCAGUGAUGUGAAGGAGAGGUUCCACUAUGUUGUUCUCCUCUCGCUUGUCUGCAUUCGUAACAUGAAUGCUGUCGCCUGGGACUUGGAACACCUGUGGGUGCUCCUACCGGACGCCAUCAUUGUACUGAUCUCGGAAGUCCUAGUUGACUGGGGAAAACAUGCUUUUGUUCUCAAAUUUAAUGAAAUCCUCGCUGAUGUAUACGGAGAGUUCAAAGUGAAACUGGCUCUUGACAUGGCCUCCAGUAGACAGUCGCAGGCCUUCACUGACCACUCUGACCUGGUAUCGCGGAGAAUGGGCCUCACUCCCCUGCCCCUGGCCUGCUUGCUGUAUCUUAUUGUCUCUCGGUCAGUCAGAUUGACAACAACUAUGGAUUACACAAUACUUGCCUUACUGUAUUUAUGCCUCAUGUCUUUCAAGGUUCUAAACAGCAUUAUACUACUGGGCCAUUCCUACCAUAUAAUUGAAAAAUAUCAUCAAGAAAAUGAGGCAGAUUCGGAUUCACAGACACAGGAAAACACAGCAAAGAAGGAAAGAAGCCACUCCCCAGAACAGAAAAAUGGAGUUUCACCUGAGCCUGAAAACAUCCCGCAGGAAAGACGGGCAUCAGGUGGAGAUAUUACUGUUCCAAAAAACUUCAGCCAGAUAUUUUCUGCCGAUUCCUACACAGAAUUGACUCUAAUUACAGACACCACAGCCAUUGAGCCGACAGGUGGGUUUAAUAUGCGUGUUCCUCAUGCAAGGCAGGAGGCUUCCUCAGUUGUGUCGGAUGGUGAAAUGUCUGAGCAGGAAUUGGAGUCACAUGAUCAUCUGGUGGUAUCACAUGAUCAAAAACCUGCAUCACAUGAUCAUGAUAAUGUAUCACAUGACCAGACUCUUGUGUCACAUGAUUAUGAAGAAUCAAAAAGUAUGGAUUAUAGUGGAAGUUUUAGUGAUUCUGAAGUUAAAGGUAAUAAAAGUUCAAAUAAUUCGAGUAGUAAACAUUCAGAAAGUUUAAUACCAAGGCGCCAUGCUGCAUCUAGAGACUUGCAUGGAGCUAGCUUGUUCCAGCGCUCUAAUAGGAGUUUUAUGAUGAGUUUUGGGGCAAGAAAAAAGUUUGGUUCAAGUGCUUCUUUACCUGAGACAGUAGGUAUACCUGAAGAUAAUGAAAGUGAAAAUGUUAAUGAUGCAGACCAGGUGUCGCGUAAAAGUCUAGAACGCGAUGAAAGUGUAACAUCAGAUUGUGGUGCUGAAAAGGAUGGGAAAAUUGAAUAAGGAGACUUAGUGAAUACGUUAAGGUUUGUUUGUACUUGAAAGAUGCAUUUUGUCAGAUCACCAGUAGGUGAAUAUAAAAGAAAUAAUAAAUUUUAAUUUAUACAUUUGAUAACAUUAUUCAUCGCUUGAAAACAAAUUUUAUGAGAGAUUAUUCAAAUACUUGUCUCACUCUUUUUAAAACAGUCUCAGGUUUCGCUUUUCAAUGAUGUGUACACAUCAUACACUGAAUGUUGGAGUAUGUAAGAUGUGCAAUACAAUUGUACCUAUUAUAAGGCAAAAGCUUGGGGAAACCAAGUUGAAAAAAUAUUGAAUUGAGGAAUGCGUUUAAAGAUUUUAAGCAACAUUUUAUAUAAAUCUUUGUUUUGUUAUUGUUAUGACCAUUUUGUUCACAUUUUGAAUGAAAUUAUUUUUUCCAUAUCUGACGAUAUGCAUUGUGAAUGGAUCCCUUUAAUACAGAAGUAUGAUAGUAGUUAGCUUUGCUAGCAGCUUUGCUACAGGCAUUCAUUGAAAUAAUGGAAAAGAUACACAAAAUAUUAGUCUAGUCAUCAAAAUUAGACUUUUGAAUUAACAAGCUCGAAUUUUUAUACUAUCACUUGGCAUCAUUUUUUUAACAAGCCCUGCUAUAUUAAAUUCAGAAUUUGACCAGGCCUGGAAGACAUUUUACCAGUGCAGGGCUUGCUAGCUUGGGUAAAUUUCGACCACUGGUCACUGACUGAAAAUCAAAUCUCUGAGCAUUACUUUGAACAUGUGGUUGUAGUGUUGUACUUUGCUUCAUUUUAAAUGCAUUUGGAACUGUUUCGUAGAUAUUUGUGAUUUUGUAUGUGUGUGCAAUGCUGACUUGAAGGUUUUUAUUUGUUACAUUGUGAUGGUUUUUGAGUUUAAUAUUUUUGUGCCAUAUUUAAGUGUUAAUAAACAUCUACAUAUAUAAAUGUUAACUGACAUUUCUAGCUUAUAAAUUGUUGCCAUGUGUAUGAAACUUGUUACAAAUGUACUAUGUUUUUCUUAAGGUCUAAUUGCAUAAUAAGUUAUAUUGUUUGGAUAAACAUAUUAAAGUUUUAAAGGCAUAAAAAAAUACAUUUGGUUCGGGUUACCUGACCCUACCUACGAAAUAGGCACCUACCCUACUGUUUCUAUAGUCAGAUGAUAAAAAAAAUGAAAAAAUGAAAAAAGGAGUUUGUUUUUUAAGUGUGAUCUCAUAUGUAGUUUAAAACAUUGAACACUUUAUACAGAAUAUUACUUUAACACCAUUCUCCAAUGACGAAAAUAGCAUUCUUUUAUAAAGCCUAAUAAAAAAAAAAUGCCUACCUACCCUACCUUUUUUUGGAAAAGGAUGUAACCCUAACCAAACUUUUUUUUUUGCCUUAGCUAAAGAGAAUCGGAAGCUUGUUGGUAGCAUCCUUCUGCUUACAAGAUGAAUAGCAUGGAAUGAAAUGCUUAAGACUGUAAUUUUUAUCUUUUGUUUUUUAUUAACACUUUUGAUGUGAUUAUUAAUACAUUCAACCAUAACAUGUAUAUACUAAGCGGUUGAAACCUAAUAUCACUUCAAUUAAACACAAUUGCUUACAUUUUCUGUCAAAUUGAUACUGUUAAAAUUCUUCACAGCUGAUGCAAUGUGCCCUUUUCUCCCUUGGCCCCCGUCCCUCUUCUGCAGCCAUUUGACCAUACUUGUUUUCAUAUCUUAAAUACAUCCUGAGAAUAUAAUAGCCCUCGCAAGUGAAAUUCAGAAUGAUGAAGAUCUGGAAAUGUCUGCUUAGAUACAAACAUGUAUUGCAUAACCAGUAUUUUGAAAUUUUCUUCAGUAGUGGUUUAGUUUUCCACUUAACAGGCUUAUGGUCAAACAUAUUUGAUAUUUUUAUUGCAAAUUAUGAAUGAACUUGCAUUAGUGAUUGCUAGAACUUUGAUGGCUGGACAUUCUAUCCUAGGUGGUAGAUACCAAUUCUAUUCAGAUUGAUCAUGUUGUGUGUAUAUCAUCGUUGAUCAUCUCGAGGAACCAUAUUUCAUUGAUUAACAUUACCGGUAUAUAUUGGUCCAUUAUUUUUUGUCAGUAUUAAUGAUUUAUUCCAUUCUAAAUGCAGUAUGUUUGACUGUCAAAGAUUUUAGCUGUACAGUUCUGGUUUACAAGAAUUAGGAUUAAAUUGGUGCGAUUGGAAACAGCCAUAGUAUGUACUGGUAUGGUCAUGAAAUAAAAAUGCAUUCCAUUUCCUGGUGAUACAUUUUAAAUUAGUAGUUAUCAGAAAUGAAAUUUACAUAAAAUAUUGUAUUAUUUAUGUGUUAAAAUCAUGUAAUUAUUUAUUUGUAAUUAAAAUGUCUCUAAAAUAUUUGAAAAAACAACAACAUUAUUUCAUACAUAUGUUAAAUAACUCACUGGAUGAGUUUUGUACAUUAUUAUGUACAGGGGUUCUAAUGUUCAGCAAUCCUAAAAUCAGGAUGGAGAGCUAUUAACUGCAGACUAUUUUACAGAUAAAAAGAUUGUUUGUUUUUUUGGUGGACAUUUGUAUCAAAAACAGUAGAAAGUAUUUCAAAAGGAGUGAAACCCCCUAUACCCUACUUUGAGCAAUGGACCCUGCUAGUUUCAGGAUUGACAAUUAUCCGCUUGUCGAACCCCUGUAAUGGGUGUAUGUUCUUCCAGAUUAUUAAAUGAUGGUUAUGAUCUUUUUCAAGAGUUCAUAUACUGAAUUUGUUCCAAAAUCCAUUGUCUUGAUGAUCAAAAUGGCUUUAUAAUUUAUAAGAACUAAUAUCAUGUGUAUAUUACAUAAUAAAGUUGUUUACAGACUUACAGAUUACAUGUUUCAAUACACAGAUGCUGUUUGCUUUACAUGUGCCAAUAAAAAAGAU